CUGCAGUGGAGGAGACCCCCAGCCCCACAGAGGUGGAGGAGACCCCCAGGCCCACAGAACCCAGCACGGAGGCCCCAGAGCCCACUGAGGAGCCACUCCUGGGGGAGCUAACAGUGACAGGCGAGGCCUCCCCUGACUCUCUGAGCCUCUCCUGGACUGUGCCCCAAGGCCACUUUGACUCUUUCACCAUCCAGUACAAGGGCAGGGAUGGGCGGCCCCAGGUGGUGCGUGUUGGAGGAGAGGAGAGAGAGGCCACUGUGGGGGACCUGGAGCCUGGACGCAAGUACAAGAUGCACCUGUAUGGACUCCACCAGGGCCACCGUGUGGGCCCCGUGUCUACUUUGGGAAUGACCGCCCCACGGAAGGUUGUGGAGGAUACUCCCAGCCCCACAGAACCCAGCAUGGAAGCCCCAGAACCCACCGAGGAGCCACUCCUGGGGGAGCUGACAGUGACAGACUCCUCCCCUGACUCCCUGAGCCUCUCAUGGAUUGUGACCCAGGGCCAUUUUGACUCCUUCACCAUCCAGUACAAAGACAGGGAUGGGCGGCCCCAGGUGGUACAUGUUGGAGGAGAAGAGAGAGAAGCCACUGUUGAGGACUUGGAGCCUGGACGCAAGUACAAGAUGCACCUGUAUGGGCUCCACCAGGGCCACCGUGUGGGCCCCAUGUCCACUGUGGGUGUGACUG